AUGCGGUCAGCACUGCUCACCCUGUCCUUUGCAAUCUCAACAACGGUGUCGGGACAUUGGAACCGUCCCAAAGCUGCGCUUCACCCGAAACGUGCCAAUGAAUCGGACCAUGAUGCCAGUAAGGCGUGUGAGGAGAUCAAAUCCCAGAUCUCAAGCGCCAGCGAGGUGAUCGACGGUGUCGUCGAGCUCGGCCUGACGGAUGAUACUCAUCACUGGUUCUUUGAGUCUAACAGCGAGACGCCGACCUGUGUUGUCGAGGUUGGCUCCCCGGCCGACGUGUCAAUCGCCAUGACCGCCAUCGGCAAUCACGCGGCGCCGUUCGCUUUGUAUAGCGCGGGUCAUGCGUCAAACAAGGGGUUCUCGAGCACUACCGGGGUUCACAUCGCGUUGAAACGGAUGAACCAGGUAGUUCUGUCCGCCGAUAAAUCCAGCGUCGAGAUUGGCACGGGAAACGGAUGGGCCGACGUGUACGACAAGCUUGAUGGGACUGGAGUCAACGUUGUAGGUGGCCGAGUCAAGGGUCCUGGGGUCGGUGGGUUUACACUCGGUGGAGGGUACUCCUGGAAAACAAACCAGUACGGCCUGACGAGCGAUACUGUUUUGAAGUUCAACGUCGUUCUACCUAACGGAACGAUUUCCAGCGCGUCAGCAGAUGAAAAUCCAGAUCUCUUCUUCGCACUCAAGGGCGGUCUCAACCGGUUUGCAGUGGUCACAUCUGCAGUUUACCAGACCCACCCGCAGCCUGACGAAGUUUACGCUGGAGCCACAAUCUAUGGAUCAGAUCAGAUUGACGCCCUCUUGAACGCGACCCAGGUCUUCUCUGAUGUCAACACUGAUCCAAAAGCCCAGAUAAUCACCACGAUCAACGCAACGCCCGUCGGCCUUACCGCGCUAGUUCUUUUCUUCUACGAUGGGCCGGAUGCGGGUACGGCCUUCGAAAUGUUUGACGGAGUUGAUCAUACAAUCAGUCUUGUCAAGGCUCAGUCCUUCUCGACCUUUGUAUCAACUGUUGACUCUUCUAUCGUGUUGAACCCCCGUGGAACCUUCAACAGCCUGCCAACCACAAAGACAACGCCAGCCUUUCUGGCUGCGGUCAAGAAUCAAGCAUCAGGGCACGGUGGGUUGAUAUUGAGUUACGACAUCGAGCCGUUCCUCAAGUACGGAGCGCAUGCCACAGAGAGUGCCUACCCACACAACGAUUCGCCCUUGCCCCUUAAUCUGUAUUUCUCAUGGAGUUUUGCCUCGGAUGAUCAAUUUUGGAACGACGCAAUGGUGAAUGCGAUCUCGGAGCUCAGAGAAGUCGCAAAGCAGGAGGGCAUAUUUGACGAUUCUGCCGCCGUAUACCCCAAUUACGCCAUCGCUGGAACCACGGCUGAGCAGCUGUAUGGGUCUGUCAACGCAGCCAGGCUGAGGACAAUCAAGGCCAGCGUUGAUCCGGAUGGUGUGAUGAACUUGGCAGGGGGCUUUGAUAUAUAA